AUGGACCCCUUCGUGGCUAGAGAGUGGUCAGCACCAGCGACAGACAGUUCUGACGUCGGCUGGGACCGUAGACGAAGGCCGCGUCGUAGCCCACCACCACGGCGCAUGCCACACGUGCCAGAGCACCAUCCUCGAAGGCUUCCCUCAUUAGCCGACCUGGCAGCUAGAGUUGUGGCGGCCAACAUGCAGAAUCUCGAUUUUUCGCAUCUUCGUGGUCUUUCACCACGCGCCUUGCAGCUCGUCUUGAAGCACUUGGACCUUGAGUCCAUCUCUUUGAGCACUUGGAGGGUCUUUCAGCAGCUUGGGCGCGCCGGCCAUCUUGAGACCCGAAGCACCCAGGCCUUGCACCGGUUCCACCAGCAUAUUGAAAGUCCGACGGCGGACCUUUCUGUCUAUCUGAAGCCUCUUCAGUCCCACGAUUUUGUUUUCAUAUCGCAUCUGCGGAUUGCAGGAUCCUGCCUGGUCAAGGCCGAGGAGUUGCUCUACCUUCCGCGAUGGUCUAAAAACCUCGGCUUGUUGGAGCUCGUGGAGCCCUCCAACAGUAAAACUCCGUUUCCCAGGUUAAGCGACCGCUUGUUUAAGGCCUGGAGCCUCGGGGGUGAUUCAUUCCCUAAAUUGAAAGGCAUUCGACUUUCUACCCACCGCUCUAUUACUGAGCGGUCUCUUCAAUACCUGACCCAGUUCCCGGCGCUGACAAUGCUCGAUAUCACGGCUGGGAAACAGGAAUGGGUACAUUCGAAAUCCCUUGCCAGGGCCCUUGGCUGGGUCUAUUGCGAUUGGAUUGAAGCUGUGACUUGUGAUGAUGAUAGAGACGAUGAGGUCAGCCUGGAGUCUCAUCAGUGUUGGUUGCAGUUGUCUCUAAAGAUCCACCGGCUUCUCGUUGGACCUACACGACCAAUCGACUGGAGUGCUCCUCGCAAUGUCCGCCACCUCGACAUCUAUAAUAUACUCGAUAUGCCAGCUUUAAGGAUGCUUCAACAGCCCCGCCUCGCGGAUGCUCCUCUUUCGUCCAAUGCCAUGGCCUCGUUGACUCUGGGCGAAGACUCAGAAUUCCUGACCGAAGUACGAGGUUCCCUGCGUGAGGAGCGAAAGUUUUUCUGGCGAUACUGGCAGAAUGAUGCUAGAUUCCCAGUACCCUCUGAGGAACAGGGUCAGAAGAGCGCAUUUCAAAAGUCACCUUCUGUAACAGAGCGACCAUACCCCUCAUCCGCCGCAACUAUACGGUCCAGGAAGAAGCGCAAAGCCGUCAACCUCAAGAGUCAGCUGUCGUGCCAUAUCCGGCCUUACAACAACUUUACGGCUUGUACCAUUCGCGGCACCUCCUCGCAGGCCUUUACUUGGAUGGUGCUCGUUUCGACUGGCAAGAUCUGA